AUGGAGGAUGAUGAGGGCGAGGACGCGGAGGCCGGCGCGGGGGGAGGCGGUGGAGGGGUGUGCCCGCUCUGGUACGAGCUCACUCGAGAAGCGCAAGAUCGUCAACGGAGACGACCUAAUCUGGUCCAUUGGCGCUUCUCCCAGUGGCGGCAUGAGGAGCUCAGCCGCAUCGUGGACGCCGCCGUGGAGCCCAACCUCGUCUCGAGGACCAACGACGGUUGGAGUGACUUAAUCGAGCGCUAUGAGGGCAUAAAUCAUGGUGAAUAUCUUAAACUGUUUGCGGAUAUCGCAACGUUGAGGCAUGAGAGUGACCACCUGGAGGCCAGCGUGAGGAGGCAGACAGGAGAAGACCUGCCGUCUGGCGCAACCGCGGCAGAGCUCCGCGGUCUGGAGCACAAGCUAGAGUGCGCGCUGGGUAAAGUCUCUGAAACGAAGGUGCACAUCCUGGAGGAGCAGAACAGCUUCCUUGGCCACAUGGCGGUUUUGUUUAGGCCAUCCAUGGAGCAGAAAGAACGGACAUUGCUACUUCAGCAAGAGGGAAGACCCAACGAGGCCAUGAUGCUUACCUUGCUCGAGCGCAUCAACCCCGACCAUGGCACCACAUUCACAGUCUUGAGAUGCCUUUGUUCAGCCUCUACAAACAAGAGCUCCAACAUGAAAGUGAAGAAAGCAGAAGUAUACUUGUAG